GUUACUCGCCCGACGGCCGGUGACAUCAUUAUCUCUCAUUUAAAAUCCCUCGACAUGUCAAACUGAACGCAUUUGACUUUAUUUUAAUCGAAAAAAUAGUGCGGAAUGGGGCAGCGCGUUUCGAGAACGGACUUCGAGUGGACCUACACGGAGGAACCGCACGCGAGUAGACGGAAAGUAAUUUUAGAGAAAUAUCCGCAGAUCAAGAAGCUAUUCGGAUACGACCCCAACUUCAAAUGGGUUGUCUCAUUCAUGGUCGCAAUACAAUUCGCAAUGCUGUUCGUAAUGAGGGACCGUUCGUGGGGCGUUACGCUGCUCGCCGCCUAUUGCUUCGGCGGCGUCAUCAAUCACUCGCUCAUGCUGGCGAUACACGAAAUCGCGCACAACUUGGCCUUCGGUCACGCUCGUCCGUUCGCCAAUCGCCUGUUCGGGUUCUUUGCGAACUUACCCAUCGGACUGCCGGUGUCGAUCAGCUUUAAGAAGUACCACUUGGAGCACCAUCGGUAUCAAGGCGACGAGCUGAUAGACACCGACAUUCCCACGUACAUCGAAGCGAAAUUGUUCUGCACGACCGUCGGGAAGAUCUUCUGGGUGAUGCUGCAGCCGUUCUUCUACACGAUUCGGCCGCUGAUGGUCAACCCGAAACCGCCGACCCUCCUCGAGUUCGUCAAUCUCGUCAUUCAGCUAGUGUUCGAUGUAAUUGUCGCGUACUUCUUCGGUGUUCGCGUCCUGUUGUACUUGGUGCUCGGUUCGCUUAUGGCUAUGGGGCUCCAUCCGGUCGCCGGGCACUUCAUCUCCGAGCACUACAUGUUCAAGAAAGGUUUCGAGACGUACAGCUACUACGGGCCAUUGAAUUGGAUCACGUUCAACGUUGGGUACCACAAUGAGCACCACGAUUUUCCGGCGGUACCGGGCUCACGGCUGCCUCUGGUGAAAAAGAUCGCGCCCGAAUUUUACGACGAUUUACCUCAGCACAACUCGUGGUCGGCGGUCCUGUACGACUUCAUCAUGGAUCCGGAUAUCGGACCGUACGCGAGGAUACGAAGGCGGACGGUGGGCCUAACCAGCUAAAGGUUUUGCGCCUUUAGUCGACCUAUUAUUAAAACGCUUGCGUCCGUUUUGGACCAAAAAAAGUUGUACAUAAAUGUGAUUUGGGGGGGGGGGGACAAAACGGUAGGUCACUGAUAGGUAAUCUUUAAUUGUAUGUACCUAAUGUAAUUAAAAUUGUUUAUUUAAACUUAUUGUACUGUAAGUUUCAAAAGGGGAGUAAUUAUACAAUAAUUAUUUUCAA